CCGGGCCGUCCCCGAAUCGCCGGAGCGGCCGAGCUGCGGCGCCGGGCCCGGCCGUGCGGGGCUCAGCGGCAGAUUAAAAGAACACAAACGAAUGUCCUUUAAAAAACAACGGGGAGGAACCAAUCCCAUCUGGCAAUAAUGAGGUAUUUUUACCUCUGUAAGCUUCCAGGAAGAGUUAUGGGAAUCCACCUACUACGCUUUACUUCUGUGGUGAUCAUCAUCUUACUUCUUGUGGCAGGAGCUUUAACAGCUUUGCUCCCCAGUAUCAAAGACGACAAAAUACUUAAUUUUAAAAGGGAAUCAAAAACCCAGAGUCAGCCUGCAGAAGACUCAUUUACUCUUAUCAUGCAGACAUAUAACAGAACUGACCUACUACUAAAGCUAUUAAAUCAUUACCAAGCCGUCCCCCAUUUACAUAAAGUGAUUGUUGUGUGGAACAACAUUGGAGAGAAGAUGCCAGAAAAGAUGUGGAAUUCCUUAGGCCCUCAUCCUGUUCCUGUUAUUUUUAAAGCUCAAUCUGUAAAUCACAUGAGGAACAGACUCCAGAACUUUCCUGAGCUGGAAACAAAAGCUGUUUUAAUGAUGGAUGAUGAUACACUCGUCAGUGCUCAUGACCUUACUUUUGCCUUUUCUGUUUGGCAGCAAUUUCCAGAACGUAUAGUGGGAUUCAUUCCUAGAAAGCACAUUUCUACUCCUUCAGGUGUAUACAGUUAUGGCAGCUUUGAACUGCAGAACCCAGGACUUGGAAAUGGAGAUCAAUAUUCUAUGGUUCUUAUUGGUGCAGCGUUUUUUCACUGUAAGUAUUUAGAAGACUUUCAAAGACAACCAGAAGCUGUUUACACUUUAAUAGAUGAAACUCAAAAUUGUGAUGAUAUUGCCAUGAAUUUUCUGGUAGCAAAGAAUACUGGAAAGCCUUCAGGAGUGUUUGUGAAGCCCGUUGAUAUAAGAAAUUUAGAAAAAGACACUAACAGUGGCUAUUCUGGGAUGUGGCACCGAGCAGAGCAUUUGUUACAGAGAUCUUACUGUGUAAAUAAAUUGGUUAAUAUUUAUGAUGGCAUGCCUUUAAAAUAUUCUAAUAUAAUGAUUUCCCAGUUUGGGUUUCCUAAUUAUGCCAAUCACAAAAGUAAAUUAUAAACCAAUGAUUUAAGGGGUUAGAUGAUGAUACUCAGUGAGUUGUACCAAGUACAAGGAAAGAAAGUGUGAUUACUGCAUCUUGGCUCUCCUUACUUGCAGCCUCUGAGUUUCUUUCAUGUGGCAUUUUAUGUUGUUCCCCCCUCCCACUCUUUCUUACCAAUCACCAAGGGAAAUUUUCAGAAUUUUAAAUAUAUAUAUAUAUCUUAAUGGUUAGUCGUAAUAAAAUCAUCUUCUUCCCACAACCUGAGAAGUGUUUACAACUAGGCCACUUCUUCGGAAACAUGCAGCCAAAAAUGUACCCCUAUACUUCAGUGAUCAUAAUCUGACUUUUUUAUUUUUACUGUGUACCUAGCUAAGUAAACUUAGUUUUGUUUUAUGUGGAGAUGCUUCCCUCCCCUGCUUCCCUUCUCCUUCUCCACACAUUUCCUACUGAAACUGUAAAAGGGCUACAACAAACAGACUAGGCUCCUAGAUUGCUGUACAAAAUUCCUUUACAUCUGUAUGUUCCUGAAGCUGCUGUGAAGGCAAACCAGAAGAAUACCCAGUCAAAGCAGAUCUCAGUCCUAAAACCAUCGCAUACAAUAUCCACUACUGCUGAGGCAGUGAAGAAGGAUCUCUUUGCUACAGCUUUAUUCUUAUUAAUAAUUCUCCUAGAGUUGCUGAAACAUUGUAAACAGUUGAAAGGUAAAACUUAGCAAUUGGAAAUGAAAGAAACACUUGAAUACAUAAAAUAUGAAAAUUACAUAUGCAGUCAAAUCCAUGAGAUUGUUUAUCAAUACUAUCUUUAGUAUUUAGUUUGCUUUUGGUAUAUUGUGUGUAUCUUGUUUAAAAAAAAAAAAAAAAAAAAUGCCCAAGUAAAUCUUCUAAAAUGUUUUCUGUACAAUUGCUAAUGAGAGCAUGCUGCUCUACAUUUCUUCUAGUUUGUACAUCUUGUAAUAUUACAGGUCUACUUUUUUUAAAACCAGUCUUUCACAUGAGCGAUUACUUCUUGCUUUCUUUUAUCUCUGUUUUUGGCAGCUACGACAACAGAAUCAAAAUGUGCAAUGAAUGUGUAAAACAAAGUGUUUUAAGGUACAGUGCUAUGUGACAGGGCUGGACUAUUAUCUUUGAAUUAUGUGGCUCGAUCAGUGGCAAGAAAGAGCUAUUUUUUAAUAACUUCUGUUUUAUUAGAAACAAUGGUAACAUAGGAAAAACUUUUUUGCUGUAGCUAUUUUGUGGUAUCGAUGAAAAACAAAAAAGCAACGUAUUUUUUUUUUUUGUAUCAGAAGAAUAGAAUCUGCCAUCAAAUUUGGGCUUAAUCCCACCUACAUCAGUUUUAAUUUAUUUUCAGUACCAGUUCAGAAAUUGGCAAUCAAUAACAACUCAUGUCUACAAUACACCAUCUACACAAUUGAUGUAUGAUUAUUUUUUUAAUAAGUUACCUGGACAAAAACAGUCUUUGAAAAAUGUGACAUUCUUACAGCUGUUUCUGGAUAUGGACUCUCUGAAUUCCUUUCUGGAGAACAGAGGAUUCUUUUGUUUUGUUAUAUCAGUGUCAAAGAACUUAUGUUCAGUAAAGACUUCCUAAUAUUUCUAUAAGACUUAAGGAAAAAAAGCAAGCUUCAUAUAUCAGCUUGAAGUCUGUUCGCUUUUGUUAUAAAUUGUAUUUACUGGGCUGUAGUGAUAAGUAAAAUCCGAACAGAACUAUGUGAGAUUUCUAGAAGUGCAACUUGACUAGCAGUAGCUUCCUGCAUUUCAUUCAUUUAUUGGUCAUCUUUAAUUUCUGUUCUGUGCAGUAUUAUCUGCUACAUUUUCACUAUUUUAGUUGUAUUUUACCUUUUAAAUUGUGAAGUGAACUGUCAACUCAGCCAAAUCUUAAUCUUGGGCUUUUUUUUUUUUUUUUUUUUUUUUUUUUUUUUUUUGAGGAAAAAGGGAUUGUUUGGGGUUUUUUGUUUUGUCUUUUGUUGUUUUCUUUUUUAGCAGGGAGCUCUUCUGUAUCAGUGAAGGAAUGAAUAGAAAUAGAAAAUCUUAUAUUAUUCUGUAAAUUUAAUUUGUACCUUUGUCAAAUAAAAUAUAUUAAUAGAA